AGACCAUAUAACGGAAAUUGUUUGAUUUCCCAGGCUAUAUAAUACACCCAAGCGGAUUUUUUUUUCUUUCCUUUUAGGGGCGGUAUACGACCUCGUCUUGAGUAUCACUGUUGUGACGAGCCGUUUCUACCUCAAACAAAACCUCACGGUCGAAAACGUGCCCAUUCGAGGCUCACAAAAUGAAGCGAACGCCGCCGCAAACACCUCAACGAAAGCGAUCGUUGAAUAAAGCCAGCGCGACUUCGAGUAACUAGGCCUUACCCCUAGACCAGCUUUUUCAAAAGCUGAAGAGGAGAGCAACACACCCAGGCGGCGUCCUUUGCAUGUCCUCCCCCGCAGACGUAGCGUCGCAGGAGGGCCUAACAGAUGUAAGAGCCGUCAUGACCUUCUUCAGAUGCAGAGCGAGCAUAUAUGCAGCGUUCCACACGAUCGGCCACCGUCAUCAGGAUGCCCGCUAGAGUUUAGCUGAAAAUUUCACUGGAUGUUCCCAAAUAUGUGGGUUACCUGACCAUCAAAUGAGUGGGCACUUCAUCGCCGACCUCCAGGACCACCAAGCGGCACCAGGCGUCAGCGACGAAGUGGCCUUCACUUGCAUUUUGCCAGUCGCCUUCACGGGGAGUGCAGCAAUCUCGAUGCAACGGCAACCAGACUUCUCGAGCAUGGAUGACUUCUUCGCUCGUUUCAGAGCAUACAUGGCGGCCCCUUUCGGAAUGGCGGGGCAUUGAAGCGGGCAUCGGUGGUCCCAACGGUUGUCUCCAUGGGCCAAGAUCGCUGGCUAUGCUUUAAUACAUACAAAGAAACGGCGAAACAUCACUUGAAAGCGGAGACAACCAAGUGUAAUUCAACUGGGACAUCAUGUCGCCGUCACCAAAACAAAUGGCAUUUUAAUGGUCUAAUCGGAAGAUGCGAGAGGUCUACACCAAGUUUCUGUGGAGGGAAAGAUAAUUCAUUUUCAGAGUUCAAAGUGUGUCAACAGACCUGCGAAACCGAGGAAAGAGUAACCCCCGAAGACUGUCGGAUGGAUUUGAACAGGGGGAAAUGCGAAGAGAAAAAGAAAGGAAGGCCGAGAAAAGGAGUUUACCGGUGGUACUUCAACAGCACCAACAACAAUUGUCAGAAGUUUCUGUGGUAUCGUUGUAACGCCAAUAGAAAUAACUUUCCUACAAAACAAGAUUGUAUGACAUGCCAAACAGCCAUGCCAACUACGCCAACUACGCCAACUACGCCAACUACGCCAACUACGCCAACUACGACAACUACGCCAGCUACGACAGCUACGCCAGCUACGCCAGCUACGCCAGCUAAGACGACUCCCCCGCUUGAGUGCUGAACAGGCCUUUGUCUACGCCACUGGGCUCCGCAAGACUUGUGAAAGUGCUUAAAUUCCGAAAUAAAUACGCAUUGAUGACCACAAGGUAUUAAAAUCAUGU